CCGAGGACCUUGCCUUUUGCCGGCGCUCAUUUCUACUUCGGCUCUCGAACGAAAUGCAUCGGCACGUGAUCGUUCUACUCUCGGCGUUUGCCGCUCUCGAGGCGCGCAGCGUCCCAGCCCUGCGCUCCUCGGACAGAACGCUCUACAUUCGAAGCAUACCUGAGGUCAAAGGGUACAAUAGUCAGAUUUAUGAAGUUCUCAUGACGCCAUUAUUCUCAUCUAGAAAGGACGACUCGUCGCCGGCGGUGGCACCGCUCGGCAAAAAAGCUCUGGCCGUGCUGAGGUCGCCGAAAGACGAGGUGCACGGCGAAGUCGUCGUCAAGGAAGAAGCGGCAGGGAAGAUGCAACUGCGCGCCGAGUUGCACGGACUCCCUUCGGGGCUCAACCUUGGUCUGUCGGUCCACGAGAAUGGAGACUGCAGGAAAUUGGGACCGGUCUUUAAGCCCGACCAGCCUGCAAAUGCGAUUCCAAGCCCAGAAAUUCCUGCCGGCUACUUGGGCUCCUUCCAGACCGACGACAGCGGCAAGCUAGAGAUCGAAUUGACUUUGGGUCCAAAACUGGCCCUCAGUGGCCACAGAAGUCUUCUCGCCAGGGGAAUUUCCUUCCACGACAUGAGCAAGAAGGAUUCGUCCGUGGUCGCGUGCGGAGUUCUUGGCCGGGCGGCGCCGUCGCCGGAAGAAAUGAUUGCUGCUCGCAAACGGAGGCACCACUUCGGCCACAAAUAAUAAAAAUAUUUUUCAAGAAAAAUACAUUUAAGUUUUCAUUGAAUUUUUUU